AUGGACGAAUUCAAGAAUGCAUCCACCAGCAUUCAUCCAACCGAAUCGAAGCGCGUGCAUUCGAACGCCGCCGAAAUCGAAGAAUCAUUCCGGAGAUUGCUGAAAGUGAGUCAAGAAGCUGAAAAAUUCAAAAAUGUUGGGCAACAUGAAGAUAAUUCCGACGACGAUUCGAAUGAAGAGGACAAAGCGAUUCCCGAUGAGAAUAUCAUCGAGCCAACAUCACACGAGGAGCCAUUGAAAAGCAUCGCAUCGCCCGAGUAUAUUCGAAAAGUCAUUCGAGAAAUGGAUAUUAUGAGCGCCGAAAUGCUCAGAGAGGCACUUGCUGCUAUAAAAGUCUCAACAAGUGGAACUAAAAGACAACUACGCAAACGGGUCGCACAUUAUUAUCGCAAAGAAAAUAGUCUACUGAAUCGAAAAAUGGAUUUCCCCAAUUCUGAUAAAACAUUUCGUCAUUUUGAUUAUUUAAUAGCAAUCGAUUUCGAAUGCACAUGUGUGGAGGUGAUCUACGAUUAUCCGCAUGAGAUUAUCGAGCUUCCCGCUGUUUUAAUAAAUGUUAAAGAUAUGAAAAUAGUAAGCACGUUUCGCACUUACGUCCGACCUGUCCGGAAUCCGAUUCUUAGCGAUUUCUGCAUUGCAUUUACCAAAAUCGCACAGGAAACCGUCGACCGCGCUCCCUAUUUUCGCGAAGCCCUCGAAUUAUUAUACGAGUGGAUGCGAAAAUUUGGAUUGUCGGAAAAAGGGGUCCGAUUUGCGUUCGUAACUGAUGGACCGCAUGACAUGUGGAAAUUCAUGCAAUUUCAAUGCGCUCUUUCCGGAAUGAAAAUGCCGCACAUUUUCCGAUCAUUUAUCAAUAUCAAAAAAAUUUUCAAGGAAAGACUACACGGAUUAGUCAAAGGAAAUGGGAAAUCUGGAAUUGAGAAUAUGCUUGAAAAAUUCGACUUGAAAUUCGAAGGAAAUAAGCACAGCGGACUUGAUGAUGCGAAGAAUAUCGCAUAUAUCUGUUUGGAAAUGAUGAAGAGAAGAAUUGAGUUGAGAAUCAAUCAGAAAUGCGCUUAUAAAGUGAAUCAGUUGGAUAUUCUGGAUGACGAUGACGACGAAGUUGCCGACCAUCGUUCGCUUGAUAUUUCGCAACGCGAUUUUCAAUUGUGGAUGCGCAGAUUGCCGUUGAAGCUUCAAACCGUGUCUCGCCGCGAAUUUCUCAACGACGAGUACAUGGAUUGCGAGUCGUGCGACGAUUUGACCGACGAUCAGAAUGAAGUCAAUGAGUUUUCGAGAAAAAUGAGAUAUCGCGAGGAAAUUCGAAUGAGAAUUGACACCCAAAUGGAAGAGGCACUUCAGGAGCACAAAUCGAACAAAAUCGACGAUAUUCAAGAAUUGGGGAAUGGUGGAGAUUCGCCAAUUUCUGAUAGCUUCUCGGAUUCGGAUAACGCCGACGAUGAAGACGAGGAAGACUUUGAAGCGCUUCUGAAUACUCGCCAAACGCAAACUCAUUGCGAAGCCGACAUGGAAUUGAGAUCGGUUUGGAGUCGAAGCGAUGAGAAUCAGAAUGACCAAGCGCUUCAACGAGCCGAUCGUCGACUAUCCGAUUCGUCAUCGUCGGAUUCAACCAUUCUCGAUUCGAGCUAUGCGCAUUGUCGACCGCAAACUCAAGCCGCCCCGAGAAACUCGCUGGCCAGCAAUGGAUAUAGAAGGGGUUUUUAG